UUCUCUAGUGGACACGCCCCCAAAGCGCGACAGCCGUACCUGGUGCUUGGCAACUAAAUCCUGCUGAUAGAAAAUAGUGACCGUAGUCAGUAUUUGGGACUUAAAAUAUUCAGUCUAACGGCACUGAUGUCAGUGCUGAACUGAGGAAAAGCGAGACACACCCUGCUCCAGUGCUGUCGUCACUCGUCACAGCUUCCACAGAAGCUCCUUCCGUCCCUCACCUCUCUACUGAGCAGGUCCUCAUCAGUCGUGAUGUCUUCCAAGCAAGUCUCCUGAUAGGAAAGCGUGGUGAGCUCCCGAAAAAUAAAGCCCUCACAUCUGUGUCUGUUUAAGAUGGCAGCACAUACCUUAACAGUCUGAACCGUCUCCACACCAUCAACCAAACAAAGAAGUAAAAGUGUCGCUUUGGGAACCAGGCAGACCAUUUCCUGGGUUCUCUGGCUUUUGCGAAGAUGUUAAACCGAACACUGGCAGUCCCUCCGUGGAUUGUUUACCGGCAUCACAGCUCGCCUGCCACUAAUGUCCAUGUUCCAUACAGCGAGUUCUUCAAACUUGAGGCCUUGUCGGCCUACCAUCGCGUGGUAGCUUUGGAAGUCUUCAUGAUGGAGCUUGCUGACAAACACUGGCCUGUAGGACAGAGGAAAGCAUACUGCUUUGAUGCAGCAGCUCAACGGAGUGCAGAUGGACGAUCCUGUCCCAUGAAGGAUGGUAAUCCAUUCGGUCCGUUCUGGGACUAUGUUCGCGUGGAAUUUGACGAGUCUGUGUUAUUUGGUGGUAUUUCCUUCAGUGCAUACCACCAGCAGCAGUGGAUGGAGAAGUUCCCACCCAACAAGCACCCAGUCUUGGCCCUGCCUGGAGCUCCUGCCCAGUUCCCAGUGGUGGAGGAGCACGUUAGCCUGCAGCGUUACGUAGUUUGGUCUGACAAGAUGGUGGCAGAGGGACAGGAACACAUCGCUGCCCUCCUGACUCGGCCCUAUGUUGGCAUUCACUUGAGGAUUGGCAGUGACUGGCAAAACGCCUGCAAAUUGCUGAAGAGCGGCGAUGCGGGGCCCCAUUUCAUGGCCUCCCCUCAGUGUGUGGGCUACAAGCGGCAGACGGCGCUGCCCCUCACCAUGACCAUGUGCCUGCCUGACUUGGCCGAGAUCCGCAGGGCCGUAAAGCUGUGGGUGGAAAGGACUUCGGCUCGCUCGGUCUACAUCGCCACCGACUCGGAAUCCCACCGCAGCGAUAUUGAGAAGCUCUUCAAGGGAAAGGUCAAAGUGGUGAGUCUGCGGCCUGACUCUCCCCAAGUGGAUCUAUACAUUUUAGGCCAAGCGGACCACUUUAUUGGGAACUGCGUCUCAUCGUUUACUGCCUUUGUGAAGAGAGAAAGGGAUGUGCACAAACUUCCCUCCUCCUUUUUUGGCAUGGACCAAUCUGGGCAUGGUGAACCAGUCUGCACCAGUACUCAAUCUGCAUCAGAAGUGCUACGGCAACACCACUUGGACGAACAAUAUUGCGGAAAUCCAGAACUGCCUCUGUCCUCGAGCUGCAGCAAAGAUGUGAACUAAAUCCACCCGUAUUUAAAAAAAAAAAAACUGCAGAGAAAUAAAAGGGAAAACUACUCUCAAUAGACACUACACAGGGGAACAUUGCUACGCGGUCAAUACAAACGGUCACAACAGAAGUAAACCCAAAGAUAAAUAUGACGCAAAUGGUGCGCCUGUUUUUGAAGUGGAUCUACCACGCGCUCGGUUGAGCAUUCAAUAAGAGCUCAACAAUAGCUUGACACUUUAAACUAGUGAUUCCCAGCCGCUGCACCGCGGUGAAAGAGCGUCACACUUUAAAAAAAAAAGAUCCACUUUUCACUCAAUUGGUCUGAAAAGUAUUCACACAUUCCAAAUAAUGUGUCAGUGUUCCGCUAGCUGUGUGUGUCAUUAGCAUUUUGCGACAGACAGAGCAAUUACAUGCGCUUCCUCUAGAUGGCAGAGAAUAGAAUUAACCUGCGGAUCCACAUGUUGCCAUUCAUUCAACAGAAUAGUUUGAAGCAGGGGCAUCCAAAUUUUUUGCUUCGGCCUCCGAAGCUAUUAGGAAAAAAUCGAAAGUGGUAGGAGUCAUUUUGAUAUUGUCGUAAAAUAUUAAACCAUUAAUACAAUGAAUGAAACGAUUGUGUAUUAUAGUUAUUUUAGCGUGUUUGUUGUUGUUGUUGUUUGCUUUUGUUUAGUUAUUUUAACACCUGUUAAAGGUGUCAAGACCCACAUCCCAGAGGAACUGUUUACAUUCAGAACCAAAUCAAAAAAAAUUGGGAAUAAAAUGACAAUUUUUAAAUGAG